AUGCAGACAGGGUUCCGGACGGACGAUGUCUACGACAGACUCUAUCAAGAGCACUGCCUGGCAGCGUGGGAAAUUCACCAAGACCCCCACCCGGGUCGUCAUUGUGAUGCGGUGUACAAGUGUUUGGAGCAGCUGGCGGAGCAACUAGGGCCGCGAUGCUCAUCGGUGGCCAUCCGGAGAGAAGUGCUCACCGCGAUUGGGACUCGGUGGCCAGGAAUCUGUCUGCCAACCGUCUGCUGUUUCUGCCUUACCCGGUCGACCGAGCACAUGCUGCCGUGUCGGCAUGCGAUGUGUGAUACCUGCGUAACAAUUCUCGGCAGUCCCAGCCGGAGCGCUGAGUACCAUGUGGAUCUCAGCCGAUGUCCCUGGUGUCAAGAGGGCUGCGAUCUCACCGUGCGUCAGCUUCCCCCAACGAAAGGUGCCGUAGUCGUGGCCCUCGAUGGGGGCGGGAUCCGCGGUCUGGUGACGCUGGGCUUGUUACGGGCACUAGAAAGACGAUUGGACAGCGCGAUAUCUAUUGCUGAGAUCGCCGACUACAUCAUCGGUACCAGUGUGGGCGCCUUCAUCACCGCGGACCUCGUGUAUAACGGGACAUCCGUCGAAGAGGGAUAUCAGAAGUUUCCAGCAUUUGCACGAAAAGUCUUCCGGCCUUGCAGAGCAGCCUCAAGACUCUGGCCGUGGCUGGCGGCCAUUGUAGGCAUCUUGAAAGAUGGGUAUUAUGAUACCAACAGUCUUGACCACACCCUCAACGUGGUGUUGCCUCCGACACUGCGACUCUUUGACGUCCUGGCCUUGGUCCCGACGGGGACUCGCGUCGGUGUGGUGGCGAGUCGAGCGUCCGAUGGCAAGCCCAUCCUCUUUCCGAAUUACCGCGGCGUAGGAUCCAGAUCGGAGAAGCUACCGUAUGAGGUGGUGCAGGUGGACGGCGAGACACAAAAUCCUCGGUUGCAGGACGUCGUUGGCUGUAGUGUUGCCGCUCCGUGGGACCUCCUGGCUUGGGGCACCUUGCAGGAUGGUGGCGUCCGAGCCAAUAAUCCAAUGGGCAUCGCUCAGGAAGAAUGCCGGAUGAUCUGGCCCUCGCGGCGCAUCCAUGAUCUGCUCGUCAGCGUCGGAACCGGGUACACUCCCAGGACGGAGGACACGGGCGAUCCACCAGGUCGACAGUUUCCCGCUGGCUGGGGGCCCGUGCGGCUCUGGCGCGCGUAUAAUUCGUCGCCGUGCAUGGAUGGCAUGGAGGCCUACCGGGAGGGGCGGGUGCACGUUCCACCCUCCCUGCGAUCGAACACCAUCCGCCUCGAUUUUGCUUUGGACGGGGAUCUCCCGCGGCUGGAUGACGUGGGCAAGCUGGAGGAACUGGCGGCUCUUCCCUUUACCGUGCCCGAUGAGCUUGUACGAGCGGUGUUGGCCUCAUGCUUUUUCUUCGAGCUGGAUACUCCUCCAUCCCGGGCUGACGGUCAGUAUCGCCUGCAUGGAUCGAUUCUGUGUGCGCGGACGCAGUCCCGACGGAUCGUGGAUCGGGUGCUGGUAGAAUUUCCCGGGGCUCGCUUCUGCAGUGGCCGGGAUCACUCACUGGGCCGAGUAGAUAACGACAAUGGAUGUCUCUUCUGCGGUUACUACCGCAAACAAGUGACGCUGUCGGUGCCAAGCCUGGACGAAGAGAUCAUGAUUGCGCUCGCCAGCCCAGCCCAACAGCGUCUGAUUGGCGGCUUUCCCAAGACCAUACGACAGCUACUGCACGAUCAACAGGCCGAGGCCGUGUUUGGGCGACCAGACCACCAGAAUGACCGCUGGCCGCCGCGGCGGUCCUGCUACUGCGUGAAGAUGACCAAACGGCAGGUGCACUUUGUGGAACCGGCGCCGCAGCGCAAGAAGCGACGGCUAUGA